AUGGCAACCGAAGGGGAGAUAAACGCUGCUAGCACUACCAACAUCCGUCCGGAUGGUGGAAAGAAGUCCCGAAAGGGUAAAAAGCACCAAAAGAGUUCUGAAGAAAUGCUGCCGGAUCCCACACCUAGCGAGGCACUAACAUCUCAUCCACCCUCGACCACCGAGGCAAGUGACGAUGAACUUGGCGAGGAAGCCAUCGACGUCACCGCUGGCGAAGAGUGGGUCUCAAGGGUUGAAGUGGCAAGGCAGGCCGUGGAGAUAUUAGGCCGACGCAUGAAUAUGGCCGACGGCAAAUUCAAAACUCUUGAAGACUUCACCCUUGAGGAGACAGAAAACAUCCGCAAGGAGUUGGAGGGACGUCAGCGGGCCGAGUUUGAGAUGAAGGAGGCUAUCACUUCCCUGGAGUGUCGGCUCAUGGAGGCGUUGAGCACGAUUGAGACCAUGAAGGCCGAGAUGAAAGCACUCAAGGAAGGUGUGGCAGUUGGAGGAUCAUCGUCGCUUGAUCGAGACAGGGAGGCCAGGGUCGAGGCUCCCAAGCCACCUAUGUUCAAAGGCGUCCGUGACGCGCAAGAGGUGGAGAAUUUUCUUUGGCAUUUGGAGAAUUACUUCAAGUGCAACGGGCUGAAGAGCGACGAGAGUAAGAUCAACACCGCAGUGUUGUAUCUUUCGGAAAUGGCCAUGCUAUGGUGGAGGCGCAAGGAGGCCGAGAUAGGGAAGGGGACGUGCACCAUCAACACCUGGGAGCAAUUCCGGGAGGAGUUCAAGAAAGCCUUCUUCCCUAACAACGUCAUCUAUGAGGCGAAACGCAAGUUUAGGGAGCUGAAGCAAACGGGUAGCAUCCGCGCAUAUGUGCAGGAGUUCACUACCCUCACACUUCAAAUUCCUAACCUCACGGAUGAUGAUAUGUUGUUCCACUUCAUGGAUGGGCUACAAAAUUGGGCCAGGACGGAGUUGGAACGUCGGCAAGUCAGGACCAUAGAUGAAGCCAUCACGCAGGCCGAAGCUUUGACAGACUUCAGGCAGGAGAAGCCCGACAGAGCCAGAGGAGAAGAGAUGAGAGGUAGUCAUGACCAUGGUGGGGGAGACCGUGGCAAAGGCGAGGAGCAGCGGCCACAUCCCAAGAAUCAUGAUACCUACAAGUCCGAUGGCAAGAAGUCUGGACGUCAUGGCAACACGGAGAGGAAGAUAGAGGUUGCCAACAAAGGUGGCUGCUACAUAUGCGGCGGGCCGCAUGGUUAUGCAAGGUGCCCUGAACUGAAGAGCCUUGGUGCCAUCCUGCGAGAGCGGAAGGAGAAAGACGCCCAGGAGCAAGGACAAGGCGAAGGGACGACGCAGUUGGGCUUGAUAGGACUAUGCGGAGCCAUCACGAAGCAGCCAGAGAAGCCAAGAGGAUACGGCGCGCAGUAUGUCGACCUUAAGAUCAAUGGAAAACCCGCUUGUGCUUUGGUCGACACGGGUGCAGAGGUCAAUCUCAUGACCAAAAAGGCAGCAACGAGGUUGGGGCUGAGUUACAGUUCAAGCAACGCCCAACUCAGGACGGUCAAUGCACCCCCGACUCCUGUGAACGGAGUCGCGCAUGGAGUGAGCAUCACGCUAGGCGAGUGGCAAGGUAAGGCCAACUUCACUGUCGCUCCUUUAGAUCUUUUUGACAUAAUUCUUGGGCAGGAGUUCUUCCAGCAGUGCCACGCAGUGAUCGACCCUUACCUCCAGCGACUUCUAGUCAUGGAGCAAGGAGGAUCAUGUAUGGUGCCCAUGGUCAAGGUGCCGAAGACGGAAGGACAAGUCCGCCUAACGGCCAUGCAGCUCGAGAAAAACCCUAAGAAGAAGGAGUCGACGCAUACGACCACCAUUGUGAGUUCGAAAGACAAUGGUGCAAAAGGGUCCCUGCCGCCACACUCGAAGAAGGUUCCAAGAGGGAACAAUGUUGUGAUGCCAAAGAAGCUGCCGAGGCGUGCACAUCCUAAGAAGCAGAUGAGCCAGAAGACCGAGCUAGAAACGAUAUGGAAGAUGUUGAAGGCGUUGCGUAAGGGCCUUAAUCGAGUCAAUGGACUAUUGGUCGCGCACACACAAGGCUCGGAUGACGAUGUAGCGGCAAUGCGACGCGGUUGUCGCAUCAAUAGGUGGGGGAGAGUGUCACGUCCCGCCACAUCACAGUUAAAUUUGGCGUCCGAAUAG